UUUUUAGGAGGUGUAAGUAUAAAUAGGCUAAAGUUAUAUCAACAUAAUGCAUAGCUGGACACGACAAGCGCAACACACCAGUUAGAACUCAAAAAGUCAACUUGGUAUACUUGUUGAUGUGUUAGCAAUAUAAAUGGUCAAUACUUUCCUUUUUUUUUUAAAUAAGCCAAGUGAUGAUAUGAUUGGGAGAUAGACGUGAAGAGAGGUAAGUGUGAUGACCAUUAUUGACCAUUUCCAUUUUCCUACCAAUUCUCAAGACAAUAAUAAUGUAACGCCUUCUUAUGUUUUAUGUCCCUUGUUUUCCUCCCUUCCACUUCUCCUCAUUCCAGCCUUUGCUCUCUCUCUCUCUCUCUCUCUCGUCUGCUCAAAGAUUCUCCAAGAAUUCUUCAAUCUUUCUUCUCUCUCUCUCUCUUGAGAAAGCCAAAACUCAACACAUACAGAACAUAUUCAUAAUUUCUUGUUUGUUUCCGUUUCCUGGAUUUGAUUCUGUGAGUUAUCACAUAUGCAAUGUGCAAGGAUGAAACGGAGGACACUAACCAUGGAUUGGGACGGUCUUGGAGAUGACGAUGAUGAUGACCGUUUCUUUGAGUCUAAUGGAAGGAUAUCAUCAGCUCUUCCCCUUGACUUGCCUUCCUCCGGAUCAGAUGAGGAUGAGGACUUUGAGGAUAGUCGCAUGUCGUUUGUUUCUGCCAUUUCGUCGACCUCCUUCAAAAGCAUCCGUCCGUCAAUGUCAAGACCUUCUUCCAUGUUCGCAGGGUAUGAUAUGUGGACGGCUGAACCGGGGGAUAUCAGGGAACGACGCAAGCGUCUGCUACAAGGCAUGGGCCUGUCCAGCACCAAAGACAUGCUCAGGAUUGCCAGCACCAAGCUUGUUAGAGGUGUUUCAGGAAAACAAGAUAACGGCCAAGUGUCAACAGUAAAGGUUGACUCUCCUGCCAGAGUAAAAUUUGAUUCUUCUCCCAAGGAAGAACGGAAAAGAGAUGAGUCUUCUCCUUCUUCACCUUUACAUUCACAUACACCUGCAAUUGUCCUUGCCCGAUCGCGGUCAGAUGGUGAUAUACAAGCUUUUUCUGCAAAAACAAAACAACGUAAAGAAGAAUUAAUUGGUCCGGUAUCGAAACAAAGACUUACCAGAACAUCAUCGGGGCUAGUGGUACCUACUAUAGGUGUAUGUCAAUACUCAACUGCUGUUAGAAUACCCCCAGAAAGACGGAGAAACAGAUCAUCAAAUUUGAACCAUGAUCAGUUACAAUCCGUAGUGGCAGAUGGUGCAUUUGGUUCAUUCUUCUUAAUAAAGAAUUUGGACACUGGAAAGGAGUUUAUUGUUAAAGAAUACAAUGAACAGGGAAUGUGGAAUAAGCUCAGUGAUGUUCAGACAGGGCAGCAGCUUACAAUGGAGGAGUUUGAGAAGUCUGUUGGAUAUUCACCGGUGGUGAAGGAGUUGAUGUGCCGGCAGAAUGUGGUAAGAAAAACUCAUGAAGAUGGCAGGAAAAUCAACAAUCAUUCCUCUUUCAGUAAGAGUUUCAGAAAUAGCAAGAGAAGGGGAGCUGCACUUUUGAAGAAUAUAAAGGGAGUAGCAACUUCGAUGAGCGGAUUACACAAAGAACACGAGCAUUCUUCACAUGAGGACCACAAACCAGCAAAGGCUACAACGCAAUGGGUAAAAGCUCGUCAACAUGGGAAAUCAUACAAAGAACUUACAGCUUUGCAUAUGUCUCAAGAAAUUCAAGCACAUGAGGGUUCAGUAUGGACCAUCAAAUUCAGCUGGGAUGCUCGUUUUCUAGCAAGUGCAGGAGAAGAUAAGGUGAUUCAUGUGUGGGAAGUGCAGGAAUGUGAAGUUGCAUCGACAAAGGCUGAUGAUACAAGUUCACUUAGUGGCACACCUGUUCAUCCGAUGGCUUGCAUUGGGUCAGACCGCUCUCCACUUGCAGAAUUAACACCUAUACCAUCUGAAAAGAAGAAAAAGAGUAAAAUCCAUAGGAAAAAAGGCAACUCAAUCCCACACUAUGUAAAUGUGCCAGAAACUGUAUUCGCGCUUUCUGAAAAACCAGUAUGCACUUUCAAAGGUCAUCAAGAAGAUGUCUUGGAUCUAUCAUGGUCGAAGUCUCAGCUUUUGCUUUCAUCCUCAAUGGAUAAGACAGUUAGGAUGUGGGAUCUGGAAACAAGGAGCUGCUUGAAGAUGUUUGCGCACAAUGACUAUGUAACUUGCAUACAGUUCAAUCCAGUAGAUUCGCUUCGCAUUUGGAGCAUACCUGAUCGUCACGUUGUUGACUGGACAGAUCUACAUGAAAUGGUUACCGCUGCUAGCUACACCCCCGAUGGCCAGGGUGCUAUAAUUGGUUCUCAUCAAGGGGUCUGUCGAAUUUACAGCAUAGAUGAUUACAAAAUGGAACAUCAAUGCGACUUCCAGCCAAAGAUAAAGGCCCAAACCAAAAAACUCCCUGGUUUUCAAUCUCAACCUCAAGCCAAAAAAGUCACUGGUUUUCAGUUCACCCCUUGGGAUCCAUCAGAAGUGCUUAUUACAUCCGCUGAUUCCCGAAUUCGAAUCUACAGUGGGUCAGAGCUCAUCCAAAAAUAUAGAGGAUUUCGGAACACAAACAGCCAAAUUUCAGCUUCUUUUAGCCCGGAUGGAAGACAUGUCAUCAGUGCCAGCGAAGAUUCUCAGGUCUAUAUAUGGAAAGUUGCAGAGUCCAAAAAUCCCAGUGAUGGGAAGAGAAAAUGUAGAAUCACAGUCCAGGCUCACGAGCACUUCCACUGUAAAGAUGUCUCGGUUGCAAUUCCAUGGCCUGGUAGUAUAAAAAAUGAGCCACCAAUGGUUGAAAUACAUUCUAAAAGGCAUUCAUCAAAACGUUCAACUGCUCCACCACCAAAUUCCAGCAUCAGUUCUCCAACUGAAGACAACUUGGUUGGUUUAAGUAGCCGGAGGCAUUUGCCUCCCCUGCCCAAGAAAAGCAUUGUUUUUGAUAGAAAUUCAAGCUGUGUGGACGAGGAUUUUGCUCACUCUUCUCGCAUAGAUCCCGGAAUUGGUGUGAGCAAUUCGUUCGCUUCAUCUUCUGCAUCAAUUAAUUAUUAUGACUCGCCUUUCAUUUCCACUGAUGCUUCUUCACCAUCCCGGCAUUGGUCUUCAUCUGAUAAUGGAGGAGGCCAUGGAGGUAGCCAUGGGGGUCAAACUGUCCUAGCCACAGCAUGGGGACUGGUAAUAGUAACGGCAAGCUUGCAAGGUGAGAUCAGAGUCUACCAAAAUUUCGGGCUGCCUCUUAAAGUCGGUCGUCCGGCCAAUCUCUUCUAGCUUUUGGCUGCACUAAUCUUGUACUCCCAUUGUGAACUAUGCACCAACAUAUAUUAGAAUUGGUUGAAGCUAAAGCAAAA